CCGCAUAACUCCACCACAAACUCCUCCAGCGAUCUUUACCUAGCCACUGUCACAAACAAGACCUUUGCCCAGCAUGGAUGGCCAGCCCACUUACGACACCGACGAUUUCUCCGAAGGCCGUCUGGAGUGCACCGUCUCCCAACCCCAGAAGGAACUCGACGGUACCAAAGACGCCUACAUAUCCUACCUCGUCUCCACAAAGUCCGACUUCCAAACCUUCCAACGCUCCGACUUCGCCGUCCGCCGCCGCUUCACCGACUUCGUCUUCCUCUUCAAAACCCUCUCGCGCGAGUACCCGCAAUGCGCGGUGCCGCCGCUCCCAGACAAGCACAAGAUGGCGUACGUGCGCGGCGACCGCUUCGGGCCCGACUUCACGCAAGGCCGCGCGCACAGCCUGCACCGCUUCCUGAAGCGGCUGACGCUGCACCCGGUCCUCCGCCGCGCGAUGCUGCUGAUCCUCUUCCUCGAGAGCCCCGACUGGAACCAGACGAUGAAGGGGCGCCCCUUGCGCGGCGCCAGCAUGUCGUCCGCCGGCGACGCCGACGCCGACUCCGGGCUGAUCAACACGCUGGCCGACACCUUCGUCAACGCCUUCACGAAAGUGCACAAAGCCGACAAGCGCUUCGUCGAGGUCAAGGAGAAGGCGACCAAGCUGGACGAGGACCUCAGCAACGUGGAGAAGGUGACGGCGCGGGUGGCGCGGCGGCAGGCGGACCUGGAGACAGACUACGGCGAUUUGGCCGUGCAGUGCCAGAAGCUUAAUGUGCUGGAGCCCGGCGUGGAGGCGGCGCUGACAAGCUUUGCGAGCAGCGUCGACACGACGUCACAGGGCCUGCGGGGGCUGAAGGAGCAUACGGACCAGAAUUACCUGGGCUCGUUGAGGGAUAUGGAGGCGUAUAUCGUCGCGCUUAAAGGCCUCCUCAAGACCCGCGAGCAGAAACAACUCGACUUCGAGGCUUUAACGGACUACCUCGCCAAAGCGGCGGGUGACCGUGAUAGCCUAGCCUCGCAAUCAGGCUCCAGCGGGCUGGGCGCGAGCGGCUAUCUGCGCAGUAAACUCGAGGACGUACGCGGCGUGGACCACGAGCAGGCACGACGGCAACGGUUACGCAAACUCGAGGUCGACAUCGAGCGGUUAACGCGGGAAGUCGAGAUGGCGAAGAAAGCCACAGAGGCGUUUGACGAGCAGACGAUGAAAGAGGUCGCGGAUUUCGAGCGCAUCAAGGCGGUUGAGUUCAAGGACACGCUGGGGGAUCUGGCCGAUGCGCAUAUCGGGUUCUUCCAGGGGACCAUCGAGACGUGGGAGAAGUUUGUCAAGGAUAUGGAGAAGGAGGGGGUGGUGGCCGCUUGA